ACUUUUCAAUAAGUGAAUGUGGUACAACGCCAUCACACUGGCUAGUUUCUCGCGGUCAAUCGAAGAACGCGCGCGCUUUUUGAUUAAAAAAAAAGUAUUUUUACGUCACUGAUUUGACGUAUGCAAUCUUGCAAUUUUAAUCUCGUGGUAAUUUUAAAUCCAUCAUGCCUGACCAAGAAGUAGAACACAACAAAGAUAUAGUCGCUAUAAAAGACUGGCUAAGCAAGCAACCUCAUCUGCCGAACGAAGUUGAGGAAGUAUUGCUACGUCGAUUCUUUACCAGCUGCGGUUACAGUUUGGAGCGCGCCAAACGCACCAUUGAUUUCUUCUUUACCAUCCGAUCCACAGCGCCGGAGCUGUUCUGCAAACGCGACCCCUGGUCUCCAGAAAUAAGACGGGUCUUCGAAAUUACUGAUAUGCUUCCCCUGCCUUAUAAGACACCGGAGAAUUAUAAAGUCUUUAUAUAUCGUCUGAAUAAUCCAGAAUUGGAUUUGUUUAACUUCAUCGAUGCUGUGAAGACAUUCUUCAUGCUUGCUGACACCAGGCUUACAGAGGAAGAUGAUAUACCUUCAGGAGAGAUACCGAUCUUCGACUCUGCUAACGUUAGUCUCAAAUUCAUCAGCAAAGUCAAUCUGUCUGUGUUGAGGAAAUAUAUGCUGUAUACACAGGAGGCAAUUCCAAUCAGGCUGAAGCAAGUGCAUGUCAUCAACGCUCCUGCGUAUAUAAGCAAAAUAUACGCUUUAUGUAAACCUUUCAUCAAGUCUGAAGUCGCCAAGUUGGUGAAGUUCCACGAGCCAAACUCUAGUACACUGUACAAAGACGUCCCACAAGAGCUGCUACCAUUGGAGUAUGGCGGCAAAGCGGGCAGCGUGCAGCAAAUCAAACGCUACUGGAUAAAGAGAAUCGAGGCUAAAAGAGAUUGGUUCCUAGCAAACGAUCAGAAUUGGAGUGUGGAUGAAGCAAUGAGACCGACCAACUGUAAAGACGAUAGGGCAGACCAAGUUAGAGAUUUGCCGGGCUCCUUCCGUUCAUUGGCUUUAGAUUAAGAACUACAAUUUUAUACAUUGAAAUAUAUUACUGCAAGUAUUACCUCAAUGUAUAGUCAAACAAGGAUAUCUGAGUACUUAGUUCUGUCAGAAAAUAUUUGAAACUUAUAUACAGAAAAUGGCAUAAAAGAAAAAAUCAAGGGUCCUUCAAAAAUCGAGUUUAUCACUAUUUUAAAGGCGGGCAAUGCAUCGGCGGUUCCUCUGGUAUUACAUAUGUCGUCGACGAACCUUAGCGUUCCCGUUGACGUUUGCCCCCAUCUCUUAUAAAAAAAAAACAAGACAUGACAGCUACAGUACGAAGUACGAAAAGGACCUUGUGAAACUUUUUUUGACAUUGACAGGGGGGCGCUAGUGAGCUAUCAUAAUUUAAUUUGACUUAUCCCCACUGGGCCAGGUAUCUUUGUCGGUCUUUAAUAAUAAUGUGUCGUAAUUACUUGACUUUUCUCUUAUUAACUCUGGUUUGCGAAUGAUGUUGCAUAUGUUUUUGUCAGUGCUGUAGAGUUUUGAGGUUAAGUUGAUGAUUUUUUUGACACCGUUAUUAUGCCGUUAAGGUCUAAUGCAGCAUUUUUCAAAGUGUGUUUACGGAAGCCCUGGGGCUCUGUACACCAGUAAGGACGAAAAAAAAUUAUAAAUUUUAGAUACAACAAUAAUUAAACUUACGGUGUUGGGUUCCGUCAAAUAAUCCGCUACCAUGUUUCGUUAUCAAAAAGUUUGAGAAUCGCUGGUUUAACGCAAACUUUACGAUUGUAACAAAGUACUGCGAUUUUGCAGACACUCAAUAUAAGAGUUAUAAUAAAAUAACUGCGAAUUUGUUAUAUAUGCGCUUAUUAUCCAAUAAACCUUGUAUCACUUCGUAUUUUCAAGAAAUCGCAGUAGUGUGCAAUUUUUAAAUCGUUCCAUAGAAUUUACAUAAGGCUUAGCAGAAUCAAAGGCUUGUUAUAAUCAUCAGUUAACAAGUAAGUAAAGAAUUAUUGGUAAGAACUCGCAAAUCUUAUUGGGUAUUGAAUUAUUUUUAAAUAAUUUCUCAAAUGUAUAGGUAAAUUAUGAAAAAAUUGUCGUAUAGUCUGGUGGGUACAGUUACCGUACUAUAGUACUAGAUUACACGAAUAUUUUUUUUCUGUGAGUUUAUCUAUGCUUGUAGUUCAUAAGUUUUUAUGAGUAUUUGAAAGUAUUUUUCCUCAAAUAUUAAAGGUUUCAAAAUAAAUGAAGGUUGAAGUAGAUCGAUCUGGAGGACAAAAACAAUAUGCCGACCUCACAUAGAGUAAGUAGGUUAAGGCCAGAGAGAAUAAGAAUUCAUAACCAAUAACAAAUAUAAGUUUCGAGCGCUCAUUUCCAUUUAAGGUCCUAUUUAUUCUAUGAAGACAUACUAUUUCUAACAUAUAAUAAUUUCUGAGACCAAAAUACCCUUUGCAAAAAUAAUUUUAUCUUUUUUUGUCAAACAUUAUGACAGAGGUGACAUUAAAUUAUUCAAACUUUCGUGAGACGGCUAAACACUCAUAUAAUGAGGAUACGUGAGUGUUUAGCCGUGUUUAUAUUAUAUAUCAGAGGUGAUAUGUUUCAUACAGCGAUUUUGGUCUCGGAAACCAACGGUUAGUCGUCAGUAUUUCAUUUUAAAGAUAUGUAGAAGUAUUGAUUCCUUGCAGUAUCUCUUAUGUUAUGGUGUAAGUUUUAAUUGUAUUAAUUGACUUUAGAUAAAAUAUCUGCUAAUCUUUAAAGUGGUUUAAGUAUUUCCGACAUUGAAACUUGGCUUACAAAGUAUUAGGUAUGUUUUAUUAUGAAAUGGUAUCAAAAUCUUAUGUUCAUAUUGUAUAGUAUACCAUAUAUACAACUUUAUAAAAAUAUACGAUCACUAUAAAAUAAUU